AUGUCGAAGAACACCAAUUCCACCCGCCGCACGAUUCUCUCAGAACCUCAGGACUGGGAUAAGUGGAAUAAGGAGCUUCGUGCGAGGGUUGACGAGACCAUCCAUGGACUAGUAUUUGAGGAAGGAACAGUCCCGUUACAAUCCCCCGCUCGGCCUACGUUUUCCGAGUUUGCUGCCGGUGUUAUAACCUAUGCAGGCCUCACUUCGGCUCAGCAGAAAGCUUUCUCGGCAGCCACUUCACGUUAUGAAAAUAUGCGUAAGGAAUACCUAUAUGAGAAGAAGCUAAUUAAGGAAGCUAGAACGGCAAUUACGGAGUCAAUCGGCACAGCAAAGAUGAUUUCGUUGCGUGAGGAAGAUACACUUCGUCAAUGGAUGACAACACUGGAAUCUUCAACCGCCCCUACCAAAGGAUUUAUGACUGAGCGAAUCAGGAAGCUUUACUCGAGUCACCUUCGAAGCUACUCAAAGAGCAACAACAUCCCUGAGUGGCUUGUCAAAUGGGAAGAGAUCAUACAGGAAGCUAUACAGUACUUCCUAAUGGAAGCGCUUACUGGCCAGUGGCUGCGAGAUAUUGCAACAAUCAUUAAGCCCCUUAGUGAUGGCUAUGCAACAAUCUUCCUUGAAGAGAGCAGGCGCCUUGACGAGGAUGCGGCUAGAAAGAUGCAACAAGCAUUUGAUCGACCUGCAUAUGUGGCAGCAGCACCCGUGGAAGCAGCAGCGGCCCCGCACCAGGAGUAG